ACACCUAUCUUCUAGCCGGAGCGAAAAAAAACAGGGAGACAGCGGGUGGAGUGCGGGGAGAUAGCCUAGCUGUUUUCCUUGAAUAUGGGCGAAAUCUAACACUAAAACACGAUUUUCUUAGUAUUUAUUGUAGCCACACUACAUUGCAAAGACAUCCGACGCGUUUUGGUUCGAGCAGCAGCCUGAUCCAGAACCAUGUCGCGGGGCGUAAUGCAGCCGAGCCAGCAGAAGCUGGCGGAGAAACUCACCAUCCUCAAUGAUCGGGGGAUCGGGAUGCUCACCCGCAUCUAUAACAUCAAAAAGCAAGGACAAGUUUGGAAGGCAUGUGGAGACCCCAAGGCCAAGCCCUCAUACCUGGUGGACAAGAACCUGGAGUCGGCUGUCAAGUUCAUCGUCCGGAAGUUCCCUGCUGUCGAGACCAGGAACAACAACCAACAGCUCGCCCAGCUGCAGAAGGAGAAGUCUGAGAUCCUGAAGAACCUAGCCCUAUACUACUUCACCUUUGUCGAUGUCAUGGAAUUCAAGGACCAUGUCUGUGAACUACUGAACACUAUUGAUGCCUGCCAAGUCUUCUUUGAUAUUACGGUGAACUUUGACCUGACCAAGAACUACCUGGAUCUAGUGGUGACCUACACAACACUAAUGAUGCUGCUGUCCAGAAUCGAGGAAAGGAAGGCCAUCAUCGGCCUUUACAACUACGCCCACGAGAUGACCCACGGCGCUAGUGACCGGGAGUACCCCCGUCUGGGGCAGAUGAUCGUAGAUUAUGAGAACCCCCUGAAGAAGAUGAUGGAGGAGUUUGUCCCUCACGGCAAGUCUCUGUCGGAGGCUCUGGUGUCUCUUCAGAUGGUCUACCCCAGGAGGAACCUGUCAGCUGACCAGUGGAGGAACGCUCAGCUGCUCAGUCUAAUCAGCGCCCCCAGCACCAUGCUGAACCCCGCCCAAUCAGACACGAUGCCAUGUGAAUAUUUGUCCCUGGACGCCAUGGAGAAAUGGAUUGUGUUCGGGUUCAUCCUGUGCCACGCGGUGCUGACCAGCGACGCGGCGGCCCUCAGCCUGUGGAAGCUGGCCCUGCAGAGCUCCACAUGCCUGUGCCUGUUCAGGGACGAGGUGUUCCACAUACACAAGGCUGCCGAGGACUUGUUUGUAAACAUCCGCGGCUACAACAAACGUAUCAAUGACAUCAGAGAAUGCAAGGAGCAGGCCCUCUCUCACGCUGGUUCAAUGCACAGAGAAAGGCGUAAGUUCCUGAGGUCUGCUCUGAAGGAGCUGGCUACUGUCCUAGCUGACCAGCCUGGUCUGCUGGGCCCCAAGGCUCUGUUUGUGUUCAUGGCUCUGUCGUUCGCCCGCGAUGAGAUCAUCUGGCUGCUGCGGCACGCCGACAACAUCCAGAAGAAGAGCACAGACGACUUCAUCGACAAACACAUAGCAGAGCUGAUCUUCUACAUGGAGGAGCUGAGGGCUCACGUCAGGAAGUACGGCCCGGUGAUGCAGCGGUACUACGUCCAGUACCUGUCCGGCUUCGAUGCCGUGGUGCUCAACGAGCUGGUGCAGAACCUGUCUGUGUGUCCGGAGGAUGAGUCUAUCAUCAUGUCUUCCUUCGUCAACACUAUGACCUCUCUCAGCGUCAAACAAGUGGAGGAUGGAGACGUGUUUGACUUCCGGGGCAUGAGGCUGGACUGGUUCCGUCUGCAGGCCUACACCAGUGUGUCGAAGGCGUCUCUGGGCAUAGCGGACCACCGCGAGCUGGGCAAGAUGAUGAACACCAUCAUCUUCCACACCAAGAUGGUGGACUCCCUGGUGGAGAUGCUGGUGGAGACAUCAGACCUCUCUAUCUUCUGCUUCUACAGCCGGGCGUUUGAGAAGAUGUUCCAGCAGUGUCUGGAGCUGCCCUCUCAGUCGCGCCACUCCAUCUCCUUCCCCCUGCUCUGCACACACUUCAUGAGCUGCACCCACGAGCUCUGCCCAGAGGAGCGGCAUCACAUUGGAGACCGCAGCCUGUCUCUCUGCAACAUGUUCCUGGACGAGAUGGCCAAGCAGGCACGCAACCUCAUCACCGACAUCUGCACUGAGCAGUGCACACUGAGCGACCAGCUGCUGCCCAAGCACUGUGCUAAGACCAUCAGCCAGGCGGUGAACAAGAAGUCUAAGAAGCAGACGGGGAAGAAGGGCGAGCCGGAGAGAGAGAAGCCCGGGGUGGAGAGCAUGAGGAAGAACAGACUGCUGGUCACGAAUCUGGACAAGCUGCACACCGCCCUCUCAGAGCUGUGCUUCUCCAUCAACUACGUGCCCAACAUGGUGGUGUGGGAGCACACCUUUACUCCUCGCGAGUACCUCACCUCCCACCUGGAGAUACGCUUCACCAAAUCCAUCGUGGGGAUGACCAUGUACAACCAGGCCACGCAGGAGAUCGCCAAGCCGUCGGAGCUGCUGACGAGCGUGCGGGCCUACAUGACGGUGCUGCAGUCCAUAGAGAACUACGUGCAGAUCGACAUCACGCGCGUCUUCAAUAACGUGCUGCUGCAGCAGACCCAGCACCUGGACAGUCACGGAGAACCCACCAUCACCAGCCUCUACACCAACUGGUACCUGGAGACCCUGCUGCGUCAGGUCAGUAACGGCCACAUCGCCUACUUCCCAGCCAUGAAGGCCUUCGUCAACCUGCCCACGGAGAACGAGCUCACCUUCAACGCCGAGGAGUAUUCUGACAUCUCGGAGAUGCGCUCCCUGUCAGAGCUGCUGGGGCCGUACGGGAUGAAGUUCCUGAGUGAGAGUCUGAUGUGGCACAUCUCCUCCCAGGUGGCAGAGCUCAAGAAACUGGUGGUUGACAACGUGGAGGUGCUGACUCAGAUGAGGACCAGCUUUGACAAACCAGAACAGAUGGCUGCGCUCUUCAAGAAGCUCUCCUCUGUCGACAGCGUUCUGAAGAGGAUGACCAUCAUUGGCGUCAUCCUGUCUUUCCGCUCUCUCGCACAGGAGGCACUCCGCGACGUGCUGUCCUGUCAUAUCCCCUUCCUGGUCAGUUCUGUGGAGGACUUCAAGGAUCACAUCCCCAGGGAGACUGACAUGAAGGUGGCCAUGAACGUGUACGAGCUGUCGUCUGCGGCCGGUCUGCCCUGCGAGAUCGACCCUGCUCUGGUGGUGGCGCUGUCCUCCCAGAAGUCUGAGAACAUCAGUCCAGAGGAGGAGUACAAAAUCGCCUGUCUUCUGAUGGUGUUUGUGGCCGUCUCCAUGCCAACGCUGGCCAGCAACGUCAUGUCCCAGUACAGCCCAGCUAUCGAAGGCCACUGUAACAACAUCCACUGCCUGGCCAAGGCCAUCAACCAGAUAGCUGCUGCUCUCUUUACUAUUCACAAGGGAAGCAUCGAGGACCGUCUCAAGGAGUUCCUGGCUCUGGCCUCCUCCAGCCUGUUGAAGAUCGGUCAGGAAACAGACAAGAUGACAACACGCAACCGAGAGUCUGUCUACCUCCUGCUGGACAUGAUCGUGCAGGAGUCUCCCUUCCUCACCAUGGACCUGCUGGAGUCGUGUUUCCCGUACGUUCUCCUGAGGAAUGCCUACCACGCCGUGUACAAGCAGAGCAUCAGCGCCUCUGCCUAGAACCCAGAACCCAGCACCGGGACUCAGUCCUGGGCCCGGGCCCCGUCCCAACAGUCUGCAGUGGCCUCCUCCUCUCCAUUCCUCCUCUGAGUCAUCAGAGCAGACCAGAGCCACGCUCCUCUCCUGCAGGAAGCCACUCCAGACCCCCAAGGACGCCGUCGCCUUCCGCUGGCCGCUGUCGACACUGCAGCCAUCCUCCAUCACGAUGACAUCAUAUUAACGCGCCGUCGUUUCGAAAAGGUCAUAGUCGCCUAUACUGUAUGUUUUGGUUGAUUUAAGAAAAGAAAAACGAACAAACAAAACAACAACAACAAAAAAAAAAGAGAAAAAUCCUAGUGACACUAAACACUAAAACAUCCAUUUUUGACAAA